GUGAGCCGUGCCGAGCGCCCCUUGACCUUCUCUUCGUUGUGGAUGCCUCGGGCAGUCUGGGCGAGGACAACUUCAACAAAGAGCUGGCGUUUGUGGAGAAGAUUAUCAACAGCUUUGACGUAAACCCACAAGGCGCCAAGGUGGCUAUGCUCACGUUCUCGACUAGAGUACAGAAACAGUUCUGUUUUAAUGAGCACGCCACAAAGGAUGAGGUCAACCAGACAAAGCAGUAG